AUGUCUUUGUCGGGAAUAACAUUUUGCCUAUAUAAUGUGGACAUUUGCAGCUGCGCCACUGGUCUCCUUCGACAAAGGAAACAUCAUCAAACCCUACCGAUUGAAGAGGCAAAGUCGUUGCGAUCGCUGAAGACAGAUAACAAGAUAGCUGUUAUGUCUGCUGACAAAGGAGGAGCAACCGUUAUCAUUGACAAGGCUGACUACGUCAACAAGGUAAACCAAAUCUUCGAUGACAGGGAAGCCUAUGAGUCACUCGCUGUAGACCCAACGAAAAAUGAGGCCACGGCUAUCAAGAAGAAACUGAAUGAUCUUGCCCGAUUUAUGCUCAUAAGCCUCGAUGACAGCAGAUCUAUGGCCCCCAAUGACCCCCGUAUCGCACGUGCGUACGGUCUUCCAAAGGUGCACAAGGCAGAUGGGCCGCUGAGGGUCAUAGCGUCACUUAUUGGAUCCCCUCCGUACAACCUUGCCAAAUGGUUAUAA